AUGAGUGGUGGGAAAGCUAAGGAUUUGACAGAAGGGUCACCCCUCUUACAAACCCCUAUCGCAAGACUUAGAAGAUACAAUGUUAUCAAGAUUGGAUUGUGGCUAAUUGCUUUUGCAUUAGGCAUCAUUUGUAUUAACCUUUCAAUAAUCGAUAGUGUGUCUGAAUCAGUUGGCCGGAUAUUUCUACCCAUCAUAUGCAUUUUAUUGAUUGCUAUUGGUUCUGCAUGCGUUGAAGUCAAUGCUAUUUCCUUUAGGGUUGACCAGUUGCCACAAGGUUGCGCAUCAGACCAGAUAAGCUCUUACUUUUUUUGGUAUUAUUUCACUCGAAAUGCCAGUACAUUGUUGGCAGUCACUGUGUUUUUACUUCUAGAAGGUGUCCCAAAGUUAGAUUUUGAAGAGGGCCAUUACUACUACACAUCCCUUCAAGAUCUAAUCAACUUACAUUACAAGACUCUAAUCGUUAUUUUAAUAGCUGUUGGUGCUAUUGUCUGUAGUCUACUUCUGCAUAUUUUCAAGCAUAAUUGGUACUUCAAGAAUUCCCAACCUGAAAACCCUGUCAAGACAAUCAUUAAUGUCAGUUGGUACAGUUUAACCGUGAAAAGACACCCUCCCGUUUACAGGAGAACAUUUCGCUACGGAGAAGCUAGACAGCCUCGAAUUGAACUGGCAAAAAAGGAAUUCGAUGGUAUAUUUGAGGCUGAAGAAGUUGAAAAUGUGAAGUCCUUCUAUCAAAUCCUGUUUCUCAUAUUUUCUCUGGGGGGAUAUUUGGCAUCUAAUAGUGGGGUUUGGAAUUCAUUUAUGCUCAAGCUCCAGAGCCCCAUGAAAGGACUUCUAACUGGACUGUUCUAUUUUAUUUUUGGAGUAUCUGGUGGCAUCUCCAGCACUGUAUUUUACUUCCUCCUUACUGAUCCUCAAGAAAAAGACAAAGUCACUGACUACAUUUUAUGGUUUUACGUCUUUCUCACAAUCCUUGCUGCUCUAGGAUCACUGGCAUUUGCAAUUGUCGUGUGGCUCUAUCGAAACCGUCGCAGACCAGCUGUGGAUGAAGAGGAUUUGACGAACAGACUACAUGCACAAAAUAUUUUUUUUCCACAAUAGUUAGGGUGUGCCUGCAUGCAUGCUUUUACACUAAAUAUAUGUAGUUCCUACUAUUUUGAAGUAUAUGGGUUUUCAUGUUUAUA